AUGGAACACGACGUGCGACAGGAUGAGACCACGGAACAAAGAGAGAAUGUAGCAGAGGACCAAGUCCAACUUCCUGCCGUCUCACACCAGGAGAGUCGACUGCUCCAGCGGAUUUUGCUGGCGUACUGGGCUGUUGUAUUGGCGUGUUUACCCAUCUGGUGGAGCAUGACCAGCAUACAGCGACUUCCAUUGCCAGUUUCAAGAAUUCUUGUACAGCAGCAGACUAUUUCCGAGUUUACAGAGCGGAUACCAGUCGCCAUACAGGACCAUCAUGGUCAAGAGGUGGAUGCAUCUUUUCAAAGGAGCGUUCAGCAUGCCAUCGACGAAUGCCGGGUCGCCAGCGCAGAGGAUUGGCGAUCAUUCGAGGUUCAAAUCGUGUCCAGCACGUCGGAAGGAGUCGUCUCUGGAUACUCUGUUUCGGUGCGUCAAGACGGUCAGCUGUACCACGUCGUGAACGGACGAAACCUCGAUUUUCAUGGGAAAAGUAGCGCUAAUGACGCACACGACCUCGGAAAGCUCCUCUGUCAGCUUCUGAACCCAACAGCUGGGCGUCCGGCAGACAAUCGGGUCACACAAUAUGCCUCGAACAUACGAAUAUCACUAUCUCUAUUAAAUGAAGACGCAACCCAGACUACGAAACGAGGAUGGGGAGCAGAGAGACUGAUCCAGGAGAAUAUACAUCCAAUCUUGGAGGCUCUUUCUCAAGUUCACAACUUCACUAUUGAGAGCCAGGUCCAAUACCAUGCGCCACUGGCUUUUGAGCCACCUCGACGUCAACAGGGCGAACAUGAUUACUAUUCUCUGGGCGAAGACGAACUGAAGAUAUUUAUCAACUCGGCUGAAUGGACGCUCUCAUCAAAGAUAACCAACGACCCCGUGAUUCACCUAAUCGCAUUCAUCCCAUCUAUGAAUCACUCGCCAAUGCACAUCUACGACGAGAAGAAUCAUCGCCCGCUAGACGCACCGGGCUUCAUCAUCCCUCAGUGGGGCGGGGUGGUGUUGAUGAACAAUCAGGUCCUUUCAGGAUUCCAUGCGCUCACAGAAACCCAGGCCUUCUCCACGUUCCGCACCCAGCUCCUCACCCUACUGGGUGUCCCCGCGCUUCCAUCGAAUGUGAAGUUCGCUGAGACUCAUAGUGGUUCGUUGUCCGAAUGGCAAGUGGACGCACUCCUGAGGAAAAGAACGCGAGAGAAUGCAGAGGGCAGCAUCCAAGCACUCACAAGCAUCGUCAAGCUCGUUGAUCAGCUUGAAAAUAUGCCGGUUGGUCCAGAUGUGCGGGACGACGUGCUUCGGUCGCUGGAGGAACUCGAGUUUAUACAGAGUACUAAUGGCGGGAAUGCCUCCGAGCGUUUCGCGAACUCACGUCGAGCUCUGGAAUACUCUUCUCGGGCAUUCUUCAAUCCCGGAAUGGUUGGACAACUCUACUUCCCCGCAGAGCACAAGUAUGCCAUCUACAUGCUCUUCGCCCCUGCAUCGAUGCCGCUUAUCGUAACAGGUUUGAAGAUGGCAAAGGGUUGGUUCAGGAAGAGAAGGGAGAAGAAGAUAGAAUGA